AUGUCCGUGCAGCAGAGAAAGAACAGGGCUGUCAUCAUUGUCAAUUAUGAGUUCCACAGCAGGGCUGUGUCGCUAUCACCCAGGAAAGGGGCCAAGAGAGAAGCAGACAAGCUGUUUAAAGCACUAUCCAAACUCAACUAUGCAGUGAAGUUGCACUAUGACCAGACAGCCAAGGAAAUAGAGGAGAUCUACCAGCAAGAGAGCCGGGAGGAACAUGGUGAUUGCUUUGUCAGCAUUCUGUCCAGCCACGGCGAGGAGGGGGCCAUAUACGACUGCAGGGGAGAGCUGGUCAAGCUGACAAGGAUUUUCCAGAUGUUAUCACCCCAAAGGUGCCCAGUGCUAGCUGGAAAGCCCAAGGUCUUCUUCAUACAGGCCUGCCGUGGGAAUGAGAUGGAUCCGGGUGUGUGGGUGGAGACGGACAGCGCCCGGCCCCCAGCAGACAGCUUCUCGCACUACCUCUCCAUCCCAGACAGCACCGCCGUGAUGUUCGCCUGCAGCCCAGGCUAUAGCGCUUUCCUAAAUCCACUGGGCUCUAUGUUUCUCCAAACCUUGCUGGAGUUUCUGGAAGGAGAUGAGAGGCAUCUUGAACUUGCACGGCUAAUGACCCGCAUCAGCUGGAAAGUCGCGUUUCAUUGCGAAGCCAAAGGGCAAUACAAGGGGGACAAGGAAAUGCCCUGCUUUGUCACCAACAUGGUGCGAGAGGUUUAUCCAUUCUCCACCCAAACCACGGAGACCGGCAGCCUCUGAGAACUCAGAUCUCACCGGAGGGAGCCACCAGCUGUUUUCCAACUCUUUCAGGAGCGCUGUACAUGGCCAGUCACUGCAAGGGGAAUCACAGAGCGCGUGAGGGUCAGCAGCAUUUCUGUCCCGACGGCUUCCCAAGUCCACAGGACAAGGACUUUUGUGUUGUAUGGGCAAAUAAAGGGCCACGCACCUCUCCAGUGCUCCAUGAAUAAUAAAACUAGCACUGCACUAUUAUUUAACACGUAUUCUAGAGACUCAGCUGCUUGAUUCUGGGCCAGCUUCUGGCUGCGCAAUCGUUAAAGUUGCAACAGCCUGUUUACAACUAAAUUUUCCAACCUCUA